UGAUGCACUGAUUUCAAAGUGUCCCCUGUUCGUUUCUCCCUAGGAAUCAGACUUUGAGAAGCUCAGGUUAGAGAUGUCCGCUUGCAAUAACUCCGUUCCUCAGCCUUUGGUAUUUAUCCUUGAUGGAAUCCCUGGUCUGGAAUCUUCCCAUGGCUGGAUCUCUGUGCCUUUUUUCUUGGCAUUUAUUAUUACAGUCAUUGGUAAUGUCACCAUUUUAUAUAUCAUCCAGGAGGAGAAGAGCCUUCAAGAGCCCAUGUUUCUCCUCCUGGCCAUGCUGUCAGCAGUUGACCUAUCCUUGGUCAGUGUCACUGUGCCCCGCAUGCUGGCUAUCUUCUGGAUGAAUGCCAAGGAAAUCAGCUUCAAUGCUUGCCUCACGCAGAUGUUUUUUGUUUCUUCCUUUUAUGUCAUGGAGUCUGGAAUCCUCCUGGCCAUGGCUUUUGAUAGAUUUGUGGCUAUCUGGAACCCUCUGAGAUAUACGACCAUCCUCGAUAAAAACAUUCUUUUGAAGAUGGCACUGGCUGUCGUGGCAAGGGCAGUGGCAGUGCUGACCCCAGCACCCAUCCUUGCAAAAAGCCUGGAAAGCUUCCAAACCCACGUUAUUGCUUACUCCUACUGUGCUUACAUGGCUGUGGUAAAGAUAGCCUGUGGAGACAUUUCUAAUCACAUUGUCCAUAGCCUCAUGGUUAUUGUAGCAUCUGUGGGACUUGAUCUGUUUUUUAUCAUUCUGUCUUAUGGAAUGAUCCUUCAUGCUGUCUUUCGGAUACCGUCUUGGGAGGCACGGAGCAAAGCUCUCAGCACAUGUGGCUCUCAUCUCUGUAUCAUUGCUCUCUUUUAUUCUCCUGUUGUCUUUUCAGUCCUGGCUCAGAUUUUAGGCUACCAUAUGGCUCCCCACCUACAGACCAUCUUUGACAACCUAUAUUUCCUGGUGCCUCCCAUGAUCAACCCCUUGAUUUAUGGGGCCCGAACCCAGCAGAUAUGGGAAAGGGUACUGCGGAUCCUCCACUGUCAUAGAGACAGAGGUUGAUACCUUAGGUGGACAGGAGAUCUGGGGAUGUGGAUCUAGAAAUCAUGUGAGUUUGGAGAUAGAGGUGAUUUUUGUCAGGUUUGUGGGUUCAUGGGAAAAGGAAUAACUAAGGCAAUAGUACGACUCAACUAGUAACUGUGAAAUGCUCUUUUGGUCAAUACGUAGUUUUUAUGAAACCCUCAAAAUAAAAAUUCCCCUCCCUAAUACUUAUAUAAGUAGUAAAAUAAGAGGGAAUCUUAUUGUUAAUCAAUACAAUGAUGGUCUAAUUGCCGCACAUCAAUUAAUUUAGAAACUCACUCUUAGAUGACAGGAGGCGAAAAUACAAUUUGGUUAUAAAUACUUGAGACAGGAAAAAUAAUUUUCCAAUGAUUCUUGUUUAUUGUUUUUCUUUCUUAUUAAAUACAGUUCUGGUAUUUCACCAACAGAGAAUUAUGUAUCAUGAGUAUAUCAGUAAACUCUCUUUUGCUGUCUGAAGGGUUUUAAUAGGAAAGGACCAUCUUAGGAUAAUGUGGCACCAGCUAUAUAAUAGACUGGACCUGAGAUGUAGGUAUUUUACAGAUGAAAAACCUGGAUACCUAAAAAAAACUAUCUUUUCUGUAGCUUUACUUUUCAUCCAUCUGACAUCAUCUAUUGCCACAAAUUCAAGAACCCAAAUCUGUGCCUUAGACCAUUAAUUAUGUCUGUGCUUCAGGGAAAAAAAUAUAUAUAUGUACGUAUAUGUAUAACUACCUUGUGAAUCACUG